AUGGGUUCAAGACUUGCUUGGUAUGCUGGUAUAUCCACUGCUUUGGCAGCUGCAGUGGUUCUUUCUGCGUUUAAUCAGCGCGCAAACUUCUACUCAGCAUGUGUCUACCUGGCGCAGAGCAAUUUGUGUCUUAUGAUCCUAAUCAAUCUGAUACUAUUCGUCUUUUCUAGUUUCAUGUAUGGACUCCAACGACUUUGCUACGGCCCUCUACGUCCGAUCGAAAUCGAGCAGUUAUAUGAGAAAGCUUGGUUUGCCAUCACAGAAACAUGUCUCGCCAUGACCAUAUUCAGAGAAGAGGUUGGAGCUUGGUUUCUCGUCAUGUUUGUCGCUCUUCUUACCGGCAAAGUUUGGGGCUGGAUAGGAGAUGGUCGAGUUGAGAUUCUAGAACAACAACCACCUGCUAAUCCAAAACUUUUUCAUAUUCGAUUGUCGAUAUCCUUGGCGGUCUCGGUCAUUUACGAUGCGUGGUUGAUGAGUUAUACAAUCAACACGGUGAUUCAACAGGCAAGGCCGAAUAUGAUGGUUAUGUUCUUGUUUGAAUUUGCGGUAUUGACUGUCUCAAGUUCUUCCACCGCUUGUAGAUAUCUCAUUUCUGUGAUGGAGAUGAGAGUGGUCAAAAAGCAGACAGAGGAGAGAUUAAUUGAGAGGAAGAGAGAGGUUAGAGAAGAGAGGGCAGAAAUGAUCAGGCAAAGGGAAAUUGCGCGCGCGGAAGCUGGCGAAAAUUAUCAAGAGCCUACAACUCCUUUGCCUUCGGAGGACGAUGUUGAAGAAAUGGAUAUCGAGGUUCCCGGAUGGGAAGCAAAGGGUCAAUGGGUUUUGACCCUUGAUUUGAUAACAGACUUCCUAAAGUUAACCAUUUACUCUUCAUUCUUCUUCAUCCUUUUCACAUUCUACGGCCUUCCUAUCCACAUUAUGCGAGAUCUGUUUGUUACGGCAAGAUCAUUCGUCAAACGACUCACUGCAUUCUUGAGAUACCGUAGAGCAACUCAUGAUAUGAACUCAAGAUAUGAAGAUGCGACUGUUGAGGAUAUUCAAAGGGAAGACACAUGUAUUAUAUGUCGAGAAGAGAUGCGACCUUGGUCUGUAACAAACCCACCAGUACCUGCUGGAGCACAACCCAGGCCAGGUACUGUCAACGAACGUACAAGGCCGAAGAAGUUACCUUGUGGUCAUAUUCUCCAUCUAGGAUGCUUGAAGAGCUGGCUUGAACGACAACAAGUAUGCCCAACAUGUCGAAAUCCUGUGGUAGAAACACCUCAAGAUGCACAACCCAAUGCCAAUCGAAAUGCAAGAGCUAAUCAACCCGCUCCCGGCCAACAAGAUGGACCCGCUGGUGCUGGUGCUGGACCUGUAGCAGCUCCCGCUCGUGGCCGCGGUAUGCGUAUGCUUAAUCUUGGACCAAUCAGGGUCGGCUUUGGUCAGGCUAACCUGAAUGAUUUCGCUGCCUUUCAAAACCCUCCAGGAGGACAAGCGAAUGCCGCAGGUGCAGGACCUAGAGUUUAUGGCUUAGAACUAGGUAUCCCUCGUCGAGCUCAACCUCAAGCCCCACCAGCACUUUUGGAUCCUGGGCAAAAUGGCGCGUUUGCACUUGACCAAUUACCACAACAUUUAGAAGAACUCGAACAGCAAGUCGCGCAGGAAAUUCGAAACUUGCAAUUGAGUCAGCAGCAGCUAUUAAUUGUCCAGUUGCUACAAAAUGAGUUGACAAGAUUGAGAAAUUUACAAAAUAACGCCGCGGAUCCUUUGGCAGCAAACUUUCCCUUGCCGCAGAUGCCUACCUUUCAGAAUCCGCCACAAAUCAUCCCCUCAUUCAGUAGACCAUCAAGUCAACCACAAGUGCACAGACACAGCGCACGGUCCAAUACCUCUGCAAUACCAUCCGGUAGUGCUGACCUUCCACCUGGAGUUGUCAUACCGGAGGGUUGGUCACUUCUCCCAUUAGAAAGACUACAUAAUGCGCCAUUACCGGGUCAAGCAGCGACAUCAGGACCUGCAGCAGCAUCGACAUCUAAUGAUCCUAUUAUAGCCUCUGCAUCUACGCAAAAUGUAGUCAGCCCUACAAUUGAGAGAAGUGAAGUUUCUAAUAAUAGCGCCACACCAAUCAACACUGAACAAGUCAAUUCGCAAGCCGGCUCGGUUGGCUCUUCUGAAACAAACGCCAUUGAAACUCCGCCCUCUAUCUCGGCUGACCAAUCGGCAUCAACAAUUACCACUUCUACAGAGCCAGCUUCUACAAAUACAAAUCCAUUUGUUGACCCUCCUAGUUUACCUAACUGGGGAAAUUCACAACUAUUUGUAGGAUCAAGCUUGGCUGGGAAUCACAAUCUUGAUGGCGCUCAUUCAGUGCCAACUUCGCCUCUACAUGAUCGUAGUGAGAAUGUAAAUACUCAUGUUUCUCUUGAUACGAUGACAGGUACUGGUGAAUCAACUAGUAGUUCAGCUGAGCAUAGUGGGCCAAGAGGAGAUGAAGAUGGUGAAAUGAGGAGACGAGAGAAAGGGAAAGCCAAGGCGGUGACGGUGGAGGAUACAGUGGAUGAAGAAGAGUGA